AUGGCUGGAGAAAAGUCCAGCGUGGACCCAGAGUCCGGUCGACAGGGCAUCCCUCACGUUAAACUUAUCCUCGAGCAAGGCAUCGUCACCGACGAGAUUGUCAACUACGACUAUGAGGGUGCAGGCACAGAGGAUGACCCGUACGUGGUUGAAUGGAUAGAAAACGAUCCCCGGAACCCGAUGACAUGGAGUCAGACGAAGAAGUGGGUCGGAUGUGUUUGCAUGGCGUUUGCGACGUUGACGGUGUCGUUCUGUUCAUCGGCUUUCAGUGGAGGUGUCCAGCAGAUUCUCAUCGAAUUUGGUGUCUCACAGGAAGUUGUCACGCUCGGUAUCUCGCUGUUCGUUCUCGGUUUCGCGCUCGGUCCGCUGCUAUGGGCUCCCUUCAGUGAACUGUACGGUCGCCAAGUUGUCUUUUUCGGAACGUUCCUCGCCUUUGUGGCGUUCAACGCUGGUGCCGCUGGAUCGAAGAAUAUCUGGACGCUCCUUAUCCUCCGGUUCUUCGGUGGUGCCUUUGGAUCAUCGCCUCUUACCAAUGCCGGAGGUGUUGUUGCGGAUCUGUUCGCGGCGAAGGAGCGUGGUCUAGCGAUGUCCAUAUUCUCCGUUGCACCCUUCAUGGGCCCUGUCCUCGGUCCCAUUGUUGGUGGAUUCCUCGGGAUGACAGAGGGCUGGCGCUGGGUAGAGGGUCUCAUGGCCAUAUUCUCUGGAGUCGUCUUCUUCAUCGCCAUUCUAUGUGUUCCGGAAACGUAUCCUCCAGUUCUGCUCCGGAAGCGUGCGCAGACCUUGUCCAAGAUGACUGGCAAGGUGUACAUGUCAAGAGGCGACAUUGACCAGGGCAAGACGUCGCUCGGAGAGGCUUUCUCGACUGGACUGAAGCGUCCCUGGAUCCUACUGUUCCGCGAACCCAUCGUCUUCCUUCUGUCCUUGUACAUGGCUAUUAUCUAUGGUACAUUGUACAUGCUGUUCGGCGCUUACCCGAUUGUCUACCGUCUUGGUCGUGGAUGGAACGAGGGCAUCAGCGGUCUUCCCUUCGCGGGCGUCGCUAUUGGUAUGCUUGGGGCUGUCACCUACACUAUCGUGUAUGACAACAAGCGCUAUCUGAAGUGCGUCAAGAAUUCUGCAAAUGGAUUCGCAGCUCCAGAGGACCGACUGCCCACGGCCAUCGUCGGAGGAAUCGCCUUGCCCAUUGGACUCUUUUGGUUCGCAUGGACUAACUCUCCAUCCCUGCCAUGGGCUGCCUCUGUCGCGGCUGGUAUUCCUUUCGGCUUUGGCAUGGUCCUCAUCUUCUUGAGCAUCAUGAACUACCUCAUCGACGCCUACACCAUCUUCGCUGCAUCUGUCCUGGCGGGUAACGGCAUCAUCCGUUCGGUAUUUGGUGCCGCAUUUCCUUUAUUCACAAGCCAAAUGUACAGCGGCCUGGGUAUCCACUGGGCAUCAUCCAUCCCUGCCUUCCUCGCUAUAGCCUGCCUCCCCUUCCCCUUCCUCUUCUACAAGUAUGGCGCCGCCAUCCGAAAGAAGUGCAAGUACGCCGCGCAAUCCGAAGCCUUCAUGGAGAAGCUCCGCACCUCGGCUGCCCGACGACAAGCCGCGCCAGAAGACUCCGACAGCUCGAGGACCGCCUCAGUACAAGCCGAGCAGAAUGCCGAGCAGGAAGCUAUCGAUUACUCGUACGAAGACGAGAAACCUCCGCGGUUCGAGGAGAUGCGGGCAGCGAAGGAGACCACUGAUGGUGGGGCGUUGCAGAAGGUUCACACGGGUCGGAGUACGAGGUCGAAGAGGAGCGUACGGACAGUGAAGGAACCGGAGUAUGAUGGCAACCCGUAUGAGAUCGAUCGUAUACACACGAGGGAGAGCUUCAAGAGGCCGAGAGGCGCAAGCUUGAAAGACAAAACAGCACCGGGGCCCAGCAAGAAGCAAUAA